AAACAGUACAUGAUCGUCUCAAAUUACAUCGUUUUACUCUAGCCUUGUUGCUCCUCGCAACGUUUUACGGUCGCAAAAAAAUUUAGCUAAUAAUGUCGUUAGCACUUGGAAUGUGCGAGACACCCGGCUGCAAUGCGGUCGCAAGUCUACAGUGUCCAACUUGCUUAAAAAUCGGCAUCCAGGGUUCAUAUUUCUGCAGUCAAGAUUGUUUUAAAGGAAGCUGGAAAACUCAUAAAGUUAUUCAUCAGUUAGCAAAGGGGGAAAAUGGAAAUAAAAUUUCCGAUUCUUAUAAUCCUUGGCCAACCUACAAUUAUACUGGAAAGUUACGGCCGCACAAAAAGGAACAACGUAGGCAAGUUCCUGAGCGUAUCAGUCGACCAGACUAUGCCACACAUCCAGCUGGAAUACCACUUAGUGAACAAGCUGUAAGAGGGUCUGGCCAAAUAAAGGUUCUCGAUGAUGAAGAAAUUGAAGGCAUGAGAGUCGCUUGCAAGCUUGGUCGGGAAGUUUUGAAUGAAGCUGCAAAGGCAUGUGCUGUUGGUGUUACAACGGCUGAAAUUGAUAGAGUAGUGCAUGAAGCUUGCAUCGAAAGAGACUGUUAUCCAUCGCCACUAAAUUAUUAUCAGUUUCCUGCUAGCUGUUGUACUUCUGUCAAUGAAGUGAUCUGUCACGGUAUACCUGAUACUCGACCUUUACAAGAUGGAGAUAUUUGUAAUGUUGACGUUACGGUAUACCACAAUGAUUUUCAUGGAGAUUUGAACGAGACCUUUUUAGUGGGUAAUGUGAAGCCAGAAGUAAAGAAAUUAGUAGAAGUGACACACGAAUGUUUGUCUAAGGCAAUCGACAUUGUAAAACCUGGUGAAAAAUACAGAGAAAUUGGUAAUGUUAUUCAAAAACAUGCACAGGCACAUGGUUUUAGCGUGGUUCGCAGCUACUGCGGUCAUGGAAUCCAUCGUCUGUUUCACACUGCGCCGAAUGUACCGCAUUAUGCCAAAAACAAAGCCGUAGGCGUUAUGAAACCCGGACACUGCUUCACAAUUGAGCCCAUGAUAUCUCAAGGCACGUGGAAGGACGAAACAUGGCCUGAUAAUUGGACUGCUGUUACGUUAGAUGGUCAAUGGUCAGCGCAAUUUGAACAUACACUUUUAGUUACAGAGACAGGUUGUGACAUUCUCACAAAACGGCUUACAAACAAUGGUAAGCCAUGGUUCAUGGAUAAAUUGUAGUAAUGUUUCUUUCUUAAUUUUCUUACAACAUCCAAACAAAACGUGUGAAUCAAUAGAAAUCUAAUACAAGUUACUUCAAUAAUCUGUAUCUAUAUUUUACAAAAUACAGUCAUUUUCUGUUUUUGCAAAUGUACAAUAAAAAAUAAAUAGCAUAGUCGAGUUAUUCUUCCAACUUUAAAAGUGCUUAUUAUAUAUACUUACUAGCGUGAUAAUUCCAAACAUCAAAAAUUUGAAGUAUUAUUAUGAAGUAAAUUUAUAGAAAGAAAACAUUGCAAAUAGACUUUGAUAAAUCGAUAUUAUUUGUACUCGAGAGAAAUAAAGGGUUUUAAAAUUAA